UAUAUAUAUGCUUGUUGAAUGGGGAGGAUACCUCAUUUGAUAAGAUGGAAACUUCAUGGAACUCUGAUAUUCUUAAAGUAGAAUAUAGUGUGUUUGGAUGGAUUGCUUUUGUGGCUUGGUCUACUAGUUUCUACCCUCAACUUUUCAUGAACUUCUCAAGAAAAAGUGUGGUUGGUUUGAACUUCAAUUAUCUGCUACUGAACAACUCCAAACAAACCUUAUACCUUAUCUACAACGCCUCUUUGUACUUCAGUUCUACGGUUCAGUUUCAAUACCACAAAAAGUAUGGCUUUGAUCAGAUGAUACCAGUAGCUGUAAAUGACGUUGCAUUCUCAGUUCACGCUGUUCUAAUAACCUUAGUGUUGUUGUUCCAAGUUGUUAUAUACGAGCGAGGAAGUCAAUCAAUAUCAAAAAUCACAAUCGGAAUUAUUACUGUGGUGUGGGUAACUGUUGGAGUUUGUUUCUUCAUAGCAUUCCCUUCCAAUUCAUGGCUUUGGCUAGUUUCUAUCUUCAACACAAUGCAAGUACUCCUGACAUCUAUCAAAUAUAUUCCACAGGCAGUUAUGAACUUCAAGUUAAAGAGCACAGAUGGAUUUUGCAUCGGAAAUGUGUUGAUAGAUUUUAUUGGAGGAAUAUCAAACUUUGCUCAGAUGGUUACACAAUCAGUUGAUCAAAAUUCUUGGGUGAAUUUCUCUGGAAACCUUGGCAAAGUAUUGUUAUCCCUGGUGUCCCUUUCCUUUGAUAUUAUAUUCAUGUGUCAACGUUAUGUGCUUUAUCCAUCAAAUAAAACACCAUCAAUUCCUAUGUCUAAACUCAAUGACAAAGUUAAAGAGCCCCUCAUAAAGUCUCUUAAUCAGCCAUUAGCAACAAAUCUGCAUGCAGCUGAAAAUGUUUGAAUUUGAAAUUAAGUUUGGUCACACUACAUAGAAUUAGUCACCUGUAUGGUUUUAGCAUGUACAGGUAAAGUUCCUCUAUUGCAUUUCAAGUCUUACUUUAAUGGUAAGAGCUUAUGCUUGUAACUUUAUGAUACUAAAUUCAAAUCUUUUUAAAAAUUAUUGUAAAAUAAUCAUUAAUGCACUUUGAUUGUAAUAACUAUUUUGUAAAGAAAUGUAAAGAAAAAAUUGAAAAUAA